CUGCCAUAUAGUUCUCCCAGCAGAUUCAUUACUACCUAUUUCAAUCCUCAUCAGUCAUUCAAUCCUCAUCAGUCAUUCAAUCCCCUAUCAGUCAAUCGCCGCCCAUUCUAAAUUCUCCAUCAGUCAAUCACUGCCUCUUCCAGUGCCCACCACUCAAUCCCCCCUAUCACGAAUCACCGUUGGUCAAUCGCCCUCUUUUACACCCAAACGCCAGUACAGAAGACUCAUCUACCUCACGCAACGUCUCACGCAAUGGCCUCUCUGACACCAUACUAUGAGGCCACUUCCCAGCCAUUUCUUAAUUGGGUACAAGAGAAUAUCAACACCCUUCAAGCCGAAACUUUAUACCGUUACAUGCGCAAUUUCUCGCCGGCGCAGAUAUCGCAGGUGCUAGCACAUUUUCCGCAGGACACGGUCCAGAGUGCAAAACUACGAGCUGUGCUAGGGAUGUUUCCGGAAGAACUGCGAGAUACGGUUCGCGCGCUUCUGUUAAUACGCCGAUCUCGGGCUGAGAUCGUGACCGCUGCACAAUGGGCACAACAGCACACUCCUCCUGAGGCGGACGGCUAUGUGCUCACUGAUCUCACUCAUGUCACCGAUAUUCCUUCGCUGCUCCCCAUCAAUAUUCUGAUGGCUCCAUGCCGGUCUCUCCAUGUUGAAUUCUUAGAAAUCAGUGCCCCGGGCAUGAGCAAUCAGGAUCGGGAGAAUGCCAAAAACCGCGCCGUUUUGAAAGUCAACUUCUCCAGUCAAGUGGGUCCGUACCUAGGUGCGCGUAUAAGUAUGGAUGUCGACUACGACUCGGAGUACGAGGGCUCUAAUUUCAAACCCGGACGAUUGAUGGUCAAGCCAAUUGCGUAUGACGCCCCUUCGCUGAGUUCGGUACGCACUUUCCUGCUCGCCAUGAAUCGAGGAGGCUUAGUAUUCGGCGACAUCAUCGGCACACUGCUUGGGGUGAACUUACACCAAUUUGACUUCACCACCGUAGGCCAUAGGUUUUACGGCUGUCGCGAUUUUGUGCGAGUGCCUGAUUUCGGCUUUACAAGCACUUCGCUAAUACCUGUAAACUCUAGCUCGCAAGCAAUCUUCAUACUUCGUCAUAAGGUUUAAUCAGAUCGAACAUAGUUCGUGACGAAAUAAAUAACCAAUUCGCUCUGCCUACAGGCUAUACUGAUGUCUUGUUUACUAUGGCACUGCGGUUCAAGGGUGGUACCGCAAGACGAGGUGAAGUCGUGUAUUGUCCCAUUGACAAAGGCCAAUUCAACGGAUACCCCCGCAACGAACUUCCCGGAUUGCAUUACCGUUAGUACGCAUCCGGAUCGGCCAACUCCCAUGCCCCUUGCGACGAUAGAGGCGGUUGUCGUAGAGGGCAGUGCGAAUUUAGAUCCUGGAGUCGUUGUUUGUGUGCCCUGCGGAACGAGCAUUGCUGCCUACGCGGGGUUGGGCGUCAUCUUGGCGAACUGCGAUUUACUCUCUCUUUCCUUCCAGUUGCUGCUUUGUCGCUCGUUAUUCGUUCUGUAGGGAGCUAAGCCCCAUGGGAAUCUGAGUUUUGAAGGCGCAUUAAGAGAUGGG